AUGCCACUAGGAAAAACAGAAGCAAGUGCCUCAAUACAAACAAUACACAAUCUUGAGAUAAAUAAUAAAAAUCAAAACGACAGUAUUAUAAUGAAUUCUGAAAAAACCGUGAAACAAGAACAAUUAGAUAUCCAUGAACAGAGUACAAUAAAUAUAGAUUUAAAUGAAUUCAAAUUUAAGAAAAAACCAACAGUUAAAAUUGAGUUUGAUGAUACAACAAUCGAAAAAACUGAGCACAAAGGUUUAUGGGAACCAGUUAAAUGGAGAGAAUUUUUGGACAAUUUAAGAGCAAUGCGGUCAAAUAAUGAUGCACCUGUUGAUUCAAUGGGCUGUCAUAUGACUAUGGAUGAGAAUGCACCACCCAAAGUUAUAAGGUAUCAAACACUCAUUUCUCUUAUGUUGUCAAGUCAAACAAAGGAUCAGGUGACUUUUGCUGCUAUGAAAAGACUCAAAGAGAGAGGUUUAACAGUAGAUAAUGUUCUUGACAUGAGUGAUGAUGAGUUAGGCAAAUUAAUCUACCCUGUUGGUUUUUGGAAAACCAAAGUGAAAUACAUUAAGAAAACAACACAAACUUUAAAGGAUCAGUAUGAUGGUGACAUACCAGACUCAGUUGAAAAACUUUGUAAACUUACUGGAGUUGGACCAAAAAUGGCACACAUUUGUAUGAAAGUAGCUUGGAACAAAGUGACAGGAAUUGGUGUUGAUACUCAUGUUCAUAGAAUUAGUAACAGGAUUGGUUGGGUUAAAAAACCUACAGCUACACCAGAAGAUACACGGAAGGCUCUGGAAUCAUGGCUUCCUUUUGAAUUAUGGAGUGAAGUGAAUCACCUCAUGGUUGGGUUUGGUCAAACUAUUUGCUUACCGUUAGGCCCUUUAUGUAAUAAUUGUCUUAAUAAAGACAUUUGUCCAUCCAGUGGAAAAUUAAACAGGUCACCAAAUAAAAAGUCACCAAUUAAGAAAAGCCGUAAGGAAGAUGUGAAAGGUGAUGUAACAAAAUUAAAUCUUCAAUUAAAAGAGGAACCAGGGCAGUCUCCAGAUAAUGUGAUCAGUGAAAGCUUAGGUACAAGUUCUUCCAAAGUAACUAAGGUUCAAACAAAUGUACAAGUUAAAAAUGAAAGUGAAUCUCAUAAAAUUGUUAGAUUGGAAAAGGUACAAUUAAGAAGGAAGUCACCUAGAAAUAAAAAUAGUAGUAAUUAA